AAAAUCCUCGCACGACACGAUAACGAUGAUGGAGCUUGCGUCGGAUAUGAUAGAGGAGAUACUCUCAUGGGUUCCAUCUAGAUCUCUCUUACGAUUGAAAACCACAUGCAAGCAGUGGGAAACCCUAAUCGCUGAGCCAAGAUUCAUCAAGAAGCACUUGUCAAACAUGCGUGGCCGUGUGCAACAAUUCAUAGUCCUCAACCACAAUUCCAAUACCGAAGUUGCUUACUCGACUUCCACACUGUCUUGUGUAGGUAUCUAAUUCAACGAACUUGAAAGCCCUUUUCUGAAUCUUGAGGUUUUGCAACCAAUUUCGACCCAGGUUUAUUGGUACAGAACACGUAUCAUUGUGAUGGUUUGUUGCUGUUUGUCAUGAGAUCCAAUCUUUUAGUUUUUAAUCCUUUGUUGAAACAAUCAAGAUGGAUCAAAUGUGGCUACCAUCUCAAGGAUGUGUCUGGAUAUGGCCUUGGAUGUAUUAGUAGCAACCAAUCGUUAGGUCAUUCUGAUUACAGAAUUGUUAGGUUUCUUUGUGGUCCUUGUGAUGUUGGCAAAUCAAGAAUUGAAGUCUAUGAACUCAAAUCUGAUUCUUGGAGGGUUGUUGUUGAUAAAAGCUUUGAAGGUUUCUUUAAUCUACCAGAGUAUAGUGUGUGUUUGAGAGGAACACCUUAUUGGCUAGGUUAUCUUAAUGGUAAACCUUUUGCGACGAUACAGAGUUUCGAUUUCUCUAAAGAGAGAUUUGAGUCUUUGUUUCUUCCUCCUUCAUGCAUUGAGUCUAAGAAGUUGGAGAACUCUCUUUCUCUAGGCGUUUUCAGAGAAGAUCGGUUUUCAUUGUUACAUAAAUGUCGGGAUACAAAUAAGUUACACUUAUGGGUGAUGAAGAAGCAUUGGAGUAGGCUGAUGACAGUUUCUCCACCUGAAUUUUACAUGUGUCCUAAAUUUUCAAGUCACUUCGUUGAGAAGAAUGGUAGGCUUGUGUUAUCUGUUCGCGGUUUAGGGUAUACGAGCAUCUACAUUGUGGGAAAGAAUCAAGAGUUCCAAAAAGUGAAAUGUUCUUCUAUAGAUCCUUCAACUGGUGGUUCUUGUUACUACUAUGUUCCUAGCUUGCUUCCCGUUCCCGGUUGAGUUUAUAUAUGAGUUUGAAUCUGAUACAAAGAAUGUUGUCAUGUCUUUUUUUUUGUUGUUUUUGUAGUUUGGUGGGGUUGUUUCAACUUCUUAUCUUAUGACUUCAUUCUUUCAGCAA